AUGCCCCAUGCGUGGCUGCGGGGCAGGGGUUGGCUGGGGGUCGGUGGGAGCCCCAGAGCUGGCUGUUGGGUGUGUUGGGUGCCCUCUGUCAGAUCAGAUAUAAUAAAGGAGCAGAAUCGAGAGUUAAGAGGUACACAGAGGACUAUAACCAGAGAUAGAGCAGCACUCGAAAAGCAGGAAAAACAACUGGAACUGGAAAUAAAGAAAAUGGCUAAGACUGGUAACAAAGAAGCCUGCAAAGUGCUAGCAAAACAGCUUGUACAACUGCGGAAGCAGAAGAAUCGAACGUAUGCUGUUAGCUCUAAAGUCACUUCUAUGUCGUCUCAAACAAAGGUCAUGAACUCUCAGAUGAAGAUGGCAGGAGCUAUGUCAACUACAGCAAAAACAAUGCAAGCAGUUAAUAAGAAAAUGGACCCACAAAAGACACUACAAACUAUGCAGAAUUUCCAGAAGGAAAACAUGAAGAUGGAAAUGACUGAAGAAAUGAUUAAUGAUACUCUGGAUGAUAUUUUUGAUGCUUCUGAUGAAGAAGAAGAAAGCCAAGAUAUUGUUAACCAAGUGCUUGAUGAGAUAGGAAUUGAAAUCUCUGGAAAGAUGGCCAAAGUUCCAUCAGCUGCCAGAGGCUUACCAUCUGCAUCAACAUCAAAAGCUGCUACCAUAUCAGAUGAAGAGAUUGAACGACAGCUCAAAGCUCUGGGAGUUGAUUAGCUUGAUGGCAAUAUACAGUCUGCCUUUUAAUUAUUCAGCUGCAGGCAGAUGUAAAAAGUGCAACUACUCUUUCAAUGCAACUGAUGCCUAGGAAAACUCUGAAGCUUCAGAAAUGACAACUUGAAAUUGGUACUGGGGAAGGAGAAGGGGAGAAUAUUUUGAAUCAGUUUACAGCGAGAAGUACACUUGGUGUGUCCAUUGCAUGGAGUCUUUGAGCACUGGACCAACCAGGGAUGUAGUUCUAAUGAUAAGUUAGUGUAUACUUGUUCUGAAUCUGCCCUCUGAAUUCAAAGUUUUCUUCUCAGGUCCUGAUCAGUCUUUAGAAUUGGGCAUUCUGUGGCUGGUGGUGAUGCCUCCUAGGACAACACCUGUAUAAUAUAUAUGAUUUUUAUAAAACUGUCGCUAUAGAAAAAUUCUUAUUCUGUCAUCUUAGCACAAAUGAAACUUCACCUUUGCUCUUAGCUAGAAACUAUUUUCUUUGAUUGAGGAAUAGCCUUGAAAGUCUAGCAAAUCUAGGCAGAAAGAACAAGCAUCUUAUGUAUUUCUUUCAAGUUCCUGGAGUAACGUUG